AUGCCUAUAACACAUGGCAAGCGAUGGAUAAGUUCAAAGAUGAAACUCCCCGCCGAGGUGCAUCAAGAGUUUGGGGCUAUGACCACAGAGGGCAGAACUAUCACCCGCACGGCUCUUCAGGCUUCCCUGGAUGCUGUUGAUUCUGCAGCCCGUACCAUGGCGUCGGGUGUAGUUAUGUAUCGUGGUGCCUGGCUGCAGGUGUCUGGAAUACCUCCUGAUGUGCAGACUACUGUUCAGGACCUGCCCUUUGACGGAUUGAACUAUUUCAGGAAAAUAAAUGUUGGUUUGUUCUUUCUCCUACACAGGUUUCUGCUUCAGUGUCUUGAGGAUCUAGAUGCCAAUCUACGAAAACUAAAUUCUCGUUUGUUUGUGAUUCGUGGACAGCCAGCAGAUGUGUUUCCCAGGCUCUUUAAGGAAUGGAACAUUGCAAAACUCUCUAUUGAAUAUGAUUCUGAGCCAUUUGGAAAGGAGAGGGAUGCAGCAAUUAAGAAACUGGCUAGUGAAGCUGGAGUGGAGGUCAUUGUACGAAUUUCACAUACAUUAUAUGACUUAGACAAGAUUAUAGAAUUAAAUGGAGGACAGCCACCUCUUACCUAUAAAAGAUUUCAGACGUUAAUCAGUAGAAUGGAACCACUGGAGAUGCCAGUGGAAACCAUCACUGCAGAAGUAAUGGAAAAGUGUACUACUCCAGUUUCUGAUGAUCAUGAUGAGAAAUAUGGUGUUCCAUCAUUAGAAGAAUUGGGUUUUGAUACAGAUGGUUUGCCUUCGGCAGUGUGGCCGGGUGGAGAAACAGAAGCUCUCACACGACUGGAAAGGCAUUUGGAACGAAAGGCUUGGGUAGCAAACUUUGAAAGACCACGAAUGAAUGCAAAUUCUCUUCUUGCAAGUCCCACCGGGCUUAGUCCCUACCUACGAUUUGGCUGUCUGUCAUGUCGCCUUUUUUAUUUCAAGUUAACAGACCUAUACAAAAAGGUAAAGAAGAACAGUUCCCCUCCCCUCUCCCUUUAUGGCCAGCUCUUGUGGCGUGAGUUUUUCUACACAGCAGCUACUAAUAAUCCACGCUUUGAUAAAAUGGAGGGAAAUCCCAUCUGUGUUCAGAUUCCAUGGGAUAGGAAUCCUGAGGCUUUGGCCAAGUGGGCAGAAGGCAGGACAGGAUUUCCUUGGAUUGAUGCAAUUAUGACACAGCUCCGUCAGGAAGGUUGGAUUCAUCAUUUAGCCAGACAUGCUGUGGCAUGCUUCUUGACUCGAGGUGACCUGUGGAUUAGUUGGGAAGAAGGAAUGAAGGUAUUUGAAGAAUUGCUGCUUGAUGCGGAUUGGAGUGUUAAUGCUGGAAGCUGGAUGUGGCUCUCCUGUAGUUCGUUUUUUCAGCAGUUUUUUCAUUGCUACUGUCCUGUGGGUUUUGGUAGAAGAACGGAUCCUAAUGGGGACUACAUCAGGCGUUAUUUGCCUAUACUGAGAGGUUUCCCUGCAAAAUACAUAUACGACCCUUGGAAUGCCCCAGAGAGCAUCCAGAAGGUUGCAAAAUGUGUAAUAGGAGUUAAUUAUCCUAAACCAAUGGUAAAUCAUGCAGAGGCAAGCCGCCUGAAUAUUGAGAGGAUGAAACAGAUCUACCAGCAACUUUCACGGUACAGAGGAUUAGGUCUUCUUGCAACAGUGCCUUCUAACACAAAUGGAAAUGGAAAUGGUGGCCUAAUGGGAUAUUCACCAGGAGAAAACAUCUCUGGUUGUAGUACCACAGGUGGAGCUCAAAUGGGAAGCAAUGAUGGUCAUACAGGGGGCAUUCAAACAUGUGCCCUCGGAGACUCACAUGCAGGAUCAAGUGGAAUUCAGCAGCACGGUUACUCUCAAGGGAGCAGUAUUUUACAUUAUGCCCAUGGAGACAAUCAGCAAUCACAUUUACUGCAACAAGGAAGAACAGGAAGCACUGGCAUCAGCACUGGGAAACGCCCAAAUCCAGAAAAGGAAACUCAGAGCACUGGGUUGAAAGUCCAGCGCCAGAGCACUAAUUAGAUUGCAAUGUUGGAAGAGAGGAUGCUGCACAGAAUGUAUUGAGAG